UUAGUAAAAUGAAACGUAAAAACUUUUGGUAGGUUAUUUCUGGGACAGCCUGUACAGUAAAUUUGUUAUUGCUCGAACAGAUCACAAGAAACGGAACUGACAUUUUUAAGUACUUGAAUAUAUCUACAAAGCUUCAGCUCAAUAUCAUGUAAUCGAUCGGAGAUUUGAUUUCGAAAGAAGAAAGAUUUUCUAUUUCAAAUUUUAUUCUAAUAAAAGUGAUUCUAUUUGAUUCAUAUUAAAUUAUCAACAAUAUAUAAUAUUUUUCUCUCUAUCUAUUCUGUUGAACAUUAACACAUAUAUAUAUAAGCGAUCUCUAUAGGAUGUUAUUGAAUAGUUCUUCAGAAUAAUCAAUAGUAAGAAUUCUAUUCAUUAUUUGUUAGUUAUUCAUUCUAUUAUAACAAAUCCUUAUUUCUUUUUUUAUUUUAUUUUAUUUUAUAGACAUUUGAAAGUUGUACAAUAUUAUUUAGUGAUGUUGUUGAUUUUACAUCAAUAUGUGCAUCACUUACACCAAUGGAAGUUGUUUCUAUUCUUAAUGAAAUGUAUACUAAAUUUGAUAAAUGUUUGGAAAAUCAUAAUUGUUAUAAAGUUGAAACAAUUGGUGAUGCUUAUAUGUUAGUAAGUGGUUUACCUGAACGUGCUCAAAAUCAUGCUACAGAAAUUAUUGAUAUGGCAUUCGAUAUGCUUGAUGCAAUUAUUACUGUAUCAAAUCCAAUAAAUAAUGCAAAACUUAAAAUACGUAUUGGUUAUUGUCAUAGUGGACAAGUUGUUGCUGGUAUAGCUGGAAUUAAAAUGCCUCGUUAUUGUCUUUUUGGUGAUGCAGUAUCAAAAGCAAAUAUAAUAGAACAAACUAGUAAAGUAUGUAUUUGUAAUAGGAUGUCUACAAACUAAAUAGAGAAAAUUUUGAAUAUCUCCAC